AUGGCCUCACCAAAUCUAACGACUGACAUAAUAAACGAUAUAUUGGAUCAACUCACAGAAUAUGACAAAAAUUAUCAAAAAAAUUUAAAGGACCUUCGUUCAUGCAUGCUUAUUAACAAGCAUUGGUGUACGCACGUUAUUGAACGCAUCUGGUCAAAGCCAUUCCAUUACGUUGGUCAUGCGGAUAAGCGCAUUAUAAACACUUAUCUUUCAUGCCUUGAAAUUUCCGAGAAGCAAUCGUUAAUUGAAAAUAUGAUCGAUGUAAACCAAAUCUCAUUUGGACUUGCAAAUGCUGGAUUAAAUAAGGAGUCGUUAUUAAAGAUUAAAUCCACCUUUGAUUAUCCUUCAAUGUUAAAACAUCUACAUUUCCGCGAUAUACUCAUCUCUGCGGAACUAUGGUGCAAUUACUACAUUUCAAAGAAAAAUCCCAAGAGUAAUGACAUCGAAAGAAAUUACUUAGUAAUUUUGGAAUAUUUGUUGAAGAUGAUUUCAAAGAGGUCAAAGAACCUCACUAGCAUUUAUUUAUAUCCUUGUGCCGGUUAUGAUUAUAUUAGUUUGUUGGCUGAACCAGGGAUUUGUAGACUUUUUGAAUCUGUGAGGAAACUAGAGUUAGUCGAAAUGCAAAUGUUAUUGGAUGGCUUGGCUAACGUUUGCAAAAAUGUGGAAUAUUUAGAUAUAAGCCUCUCAAAAAUCUCCGAUGAUUCACAAGCGACAAACCUUAGCAGACUAAUAAGUUCACAAACAGCUCUCUAUACUUUCUGUUGUAAGUCUUCUUCCAUCUACGCCAAUCAAGUUAUAAAUUCCAUUUCAUCCCAAUCCAAGUAUCUUCGAAUGGUCCAAUUUCAUGACGUAAAUUUCACAGGGUGUUCUCCCCUUUACGGUCUUGCAAAAUGUACAAAAUUAGAGCUAUUAACGUUUCACUGGUGUAUAUCGGUUAAUUAUGAAUUAGUAAAGCCUUUGGUUGAAGUAGAGAUGGACAAAUUAGAUGAUGUGGUAAUACAUGGAUAUGUGUGUAAAGAAUUAAGAGAAUGGAAAGAAAAAAUUGAAGAUAGAGCGGUAGAGAGAAGAUUGAUAGCAUUAAAAAUAAAAUAA